UAAAUUGAGAUUUUUUUUAUUCUAAUAUGACCAUGGGUGGAAUAGCCAUAUUUGGAUCUUUCAAUGUCACCUUCACAAAUCAGAUCAACCCAGCCAAACAGAGAAAGUUAAAUAUUUAAAAGUUACCCAUAAUCUCUCUAAUAACGUUCACAUAUAGUGAGUGACUUAGCCUUCUUCUUGGCCGGCUGAUGCCAACUUCAAAGUGUAAUCCUAUAGUUGCCAAUUGUUCACUGGUUCAGCUAAUAGAAUGCUCCUGCAAAUUUUGGGCUCGAGGCUCUUCUAACCAUGAAUUCUCUCUGGUUUUUCAUCUGGGUUCUCAACCUUGGAGCUCUGAGACUAAUAUCAGCUCAGCAAUCAUAUGAUGAGACCGGUUGCGAUGAUGUUCCCUUUGAACCUGGUUCAAAAUACACCUGCAACACUCUCAUGAAAUCAUGCCAAACCUAUGCAGUUUACAGGGCUCAACAGAAUUACCAAACAAUCUCGGCAAUCAGUCUUCUCUUUGAUCUUAAUGAGAACGACAUUCUGCAGCUCAAUAAUAUCACAGAACCGCUUCAAACUCUGGAUGCAGGGAGAGAAGUUCUGAUUCCGGUGAUUUGUUCAUGUUCAGUAAAGCACCCAUUGUUGAGUUAUCGUCUUGAGGAGCUGAAGGUUGCAACAGGGGAUUUUGGGGAAGCUUCUAAGAUUGGAAAAUUAGUUUACAGAGGAAGGUUAAACAGUUCGAAAGUGGCCAUAAAACAAAUGGGUUCAAGAGAAGUGCGGAGUGUGAUCAACAUAUUGACAAAGAUAAACCAUGUAAACCUUGCCAGACUGCUAGGGGUUUGCUAUGGAAGAAGUGAACAGAAUCCUACAUUUCUCGUGUUUGAAUUUGCAGAGAGAGGCUCAUUGAGAGACCAGCUCUCAAAAUACUCGAGAAGUUUUGAGCUCGAAUGGGGUAAGCGAAUGAGAAUAGCUUUUGAUAUGGCAAUUGGUCUUCAUUAUAUUCAUCAUUGUAUAACCCCAUCUUACGUUCACAUGGAUAUUAGCAGUGAAAAUGUGUUGGUAACUUCAGAUUGGAGAGCCAAGAUAGCCAAUUUCAAGCAUGCAAAGAGAGUAACUGCCACUGAGGAUGGUUAUUCUUCUACUGAGAUUGGUGGACUUGUAAUGUGUAGAAAAGGUUGCAUGGCUCCUGAGCUUCUUCGAGGGAUGGUUUCUCCAAAGGUUGAUGUAUUUGCAUUUGGGGUGGUUUUGCUUGAGCUCAUCUCAGCAAGGGAAACUACAGGCGAGAUGUUGCUUAGAGAUUCAGUUGGGUUUUUAAGGGGGGGAGAAUCUGAAGAAGGCUGCACUGAAAAAUUGAGGAGUUUCAUGGAUCCUUCUCUGAAAGGGGACUAUCCAGUGAAUGAAGCCCUGUUCUUGGCUUUGUUAGCUAAGGCUUGCACCGAAGAAGAUCCUUUUCAUAGACCCACCAUGAAUGACAUUGUGAAGGCACUUUCAAAAAUGAUAUGAAACCAUGCUUCAAUGAUGCCAGUGACUCUGAAUUCAUGGACAUUUAUGUAUGCAUAUAUUGUCUAAAAUGACAAGAAAUCAUGAAGUUAUCUUUUUAAUGCA